ACAGUUCAGCUUCUUCAGUUAUUUCUUUGUUUCGCACGAGUUAAGUGUACUUAAGUGGAGCUCCGGAAGCGCAACCGAAACCAACGACCGAAGGUGCAAGAGACUUUUGUGGUGUUCUGCUGUGAAGAAGCUGAGUGUGAGUUUUGUGAAAGACUGCGUGAGCGGUUGUUCUGUGUGCUAUCUCCCCAGACCGGAAGCUGGCUGCCUGCUCGUAGUGAGUGAGUGCCGUGUAUAGUAGAUAUCGAUUCGCGAGGCGUCUGACCUGACGUGGUGCCCCUGUGGAUUACCUUGGCCGCCGGCGAAAAAAAGAACAAGAACGAAAGAAACGCACGGAGAGCAUCCAAAUCAGGGAUUACCUGAAAUCAGCAACAGCAAGUGAGCAGGAAGCGAGUAAUUCAAAUCUCAGCCAACAAAAUGUCCGAAGCAGUCGAAGUCGAGCAAAUCAUCGAAACCAAGCCAAGAAAGAUGGCCCUCCCCACAUCCCUCGACAAGGACGCGAUCCGGGAAGCGUACGAGGACGUCCGAUCGAACCUGACCGACAACGAGUGGGCGGUAUUCAAAUUCGACGGCCUCAAGAUCGUCUGCUCCGAGAAGGGCAUCGGCUUCGACGAGUUCUGCGCCCAGUUCCACGACAACGAGCGAGCCUUCGGCUACAUCCGGAUACAGAUGGGCGACGAGAUGUCCAAGCGGAGCAAAUUCAUGUUCGUCACCUGGAUCGGACCGGAGGUCGGCGUCAUGCAGCGAGCCAAGAUGUCCACCGACAAGUCCAUUAUCAAGGAUGUGAUCAAUAACUUUGCCGUCGAGCUGCAAGUGGAAUCGAGCAACGACCUAGACCUCAUGAUGUUCAAAGAGCACCUAAACAAAGCCGGCGGAGCGAACUACGGUACCGGCGUUCGCGAGCUGUAGAACAACGCUUUAGAAUUAUCGCUUUCCCCCCAUUUCCUGUCCUCCUCUUGCGACAAUCUGCAACGCAAUAAUCACAUCCACUCACCCACUAAAAAAAAACUAGUAGUUAAGAAGAGAACAGUUGCAGAGAAACGGUCUUCCCCACUCCCUCUCCCCUAAAGUUAAACUUCCUAUUUAUAAACUUCAUUAAUUUAACCAAAAUUGUGAUUUUGAACGAAUUUGAGACAAAACGAAAAUCAUCUUUUGGAGGUUGUUUACACGCAGUCCUAGUAAUCCCCCCCUUAGCUACAACGCCCCAUCAUGAGAGGUCCUCCCCCCUCCUGCAUUCAUGAUGACACCAUAAUCAAUGAGUAUAAGCAUCAAACGAAUAUUGGAAACAUUGCAAUAUUAUCAUACUAAUUGAUCUAGUUAUUAAGUGUACACGCAAGCAAAACAACAAAAAGAAUUCUUAUUGAAUCGCAACGUUCGUUCCCGUAUAAUUCCAUCAAUCAUAUGCUGUGACUGACGAAUGAGAAAUGGUGAACGAGAGCCAAACUGUUAAGGUUAGGAAGAGAACAUGCAAAAUCAAACUCCCAUUUACGGCGCUCAGAAUGACGAAGAUCAAUCGCAGAUUUCUGUUUUUGAAACCAACCCUAUUUUUUACGCAAGUGUAUAGAACAACGAUGAGACAUGCGUGUAGUGUGUAGUAGAGAGGUGCCUGACGAUAUGGAAGCAGUUUUUUUGAUACGACGAAGACGAUUGUGUAACUGUGACAAAGGUCGUCACUGGUGCACCCCCCAGGUAGAAGCGUCGUAGUUUUUUGAGACGGAAUAAAUAUAUGUAGACGGAAAAUUUCCGAUAAAAUAAA